AUGUCUUGCAUCCACUACAAGUUCUUCUCCAAGCUGGACUAUGAUACGGUCACCUUCAGUGGCUUCGACAUCUCCCUUUGCGACCUCAAGUGCAAGAUCAUGCGCAAGGAGAAGCUGAAGGCAGCCAACUGUGAUCUGCAGAUCAGCAAUGCCCAGACCAAAGAAGAAUACACAGAAGAUGCCCUGAUUCCUAAAAACUCAUUGGUAAUCGUUAAAAGAAUCCCUGCUGGAGGAGUUAAAGCUACCAGCAAAACGGAUGUUACGGCUCCUCAGUCACACAAAAUCCCAGGAGCAGCUUCUUUCAGAAGUCGAACUGAGCCAGUGAGCAGAACAUCAGAAGCAGCAGCUACUGUGUUCAUCAAAGCAUAA